AUGCCCUUCACUUCAUCCAUUCUGAUCACUGGCGGUACCUCAGGCCUAGGCUACUCAACAGCCUUAUCCCUAUCCAGAUCCGAGCCUGACACCCAGAUCAUCAUAGCAUCUCGAUCAUCUUCCAACGCAGAGGAGAACAUCAAUUCAGAAGUGGGCAACAACAACGUGAUUUACCUCCCGCUCGAUCUGACUAGUCACGAGGGAGUCCGAUCAUUCGUCGAAUUAUACGAAGGAAAGUCCUUCCCACCUCUUAGAGCAUUAGUUCUCAAUGCUGCUAUUCAAUUUGUCGAUAAGAUUCAUUUCACUCCCGAUGGGUUAGAAUCAAUGUUCGCUGUAAAUCACGUCAACCAUGCCCUCUUAUUCUUCCUACUCAAGGAACACCUCACAGAAGAUGCUAGGAUAAUCGUAGUUUCCAGUUCGACACAUGAUCCAUCACUUAAAAGAGUCCCUCCUCCAAACUAUAUAUCGGCGGAUAAGGUGGCUCAUCCUGAAACAGGGAAGAAAUGGGAUACUCAACAAGAAGGAUUUAGACGAUAUGCUUUAUCGAAAUUAUGUAAUGUCCUUUUCGGAUAUGCUCUGGAUAGACAAGUCAAAGAGCAAAAAAAAGGAUGGAUAGUAAUAGUGAUGGAACCUGGAGUGAUGGCUACGAAUUUGUAUAGAUGGUCGAAUUGGUUUAGUUGGAUGUUGAGUUUUAGAAUUAUGAAAUGGUUUAUCAAGGAUAUAUUCACUACCGACUAUGUAGCAGUCACACUAGCGAAGAUGACUGUAGGAGAAGAAUUUGGGAAGACGGAGAAGAGCGGGAAGUAUUAUACGGUUAUCGAUGCGCAGGAGAUCCCGUCAAGUGAACAAAGUCAUGAGGAGAAGUUACAAGAUGAUUUAUGGGAAUGGACAAUCAAGGAGACCGCUAAGGAUGAGGAAGAAGCUGAAGAGUUCAAAAGAUUGUGA